ACAUCUGUUUUCUAUUAAAUGUAUAAAGAAUUGAAUCUAUGAUAAAUACCAAAGGAAACAGAAUUUCAACUCUUUGUUGUGUUUUGUGAUUCAGAGACUGUUGGAUUAAGUCUGAAGUCAGGAUCUUGAAGUUUCAGCAUGAUGAGUCGUCCGCAGAGCUUCAUAGAAGGUGAAGCUCCUGACUCUCAGCAUGCAAAAUCAAAGAGAGGGUCAAAGGUCACCACAGAGAGAGUGGCACUGGUGGUUCUCUGUAUCCUCCUGGCAGCUGCUCUCAUCGUUAUUUAUCGUCUCUCGUUUGACAAAAUUAGAACCAACAAAGAGCUCGAAAACCUGAAACAUCACAAAAUGAAGUGUGAAAGUAAUCUGACAGAUGAUCUUUGUUAUAAAUGUGAAGAAGGCUGGGAGCUACAUGGAGGAAAGUGCUAUUACUUCUCCAUCAGGAAAUAUUUCUGGAAACAUAGCAGAUAUGAGUGUGGAGCUAAAGGAGGAGACCUGGUUAAGAUAGACAGCAGAGAGGAGCAGACUUUCCUGGAGAGAAGACUGAGAGAUGUAAUGAAUGAGGCUGAGGACAAGUUCUGGAUCGGACUGACAGACUCAGCAGUAGAGGGCAGAUGGGUGUGGGCGGACGGAUCACCACUGAAUGAAAGGCUGCAGUUUUGGAGUAACUACGAGCCAGACAACUGGACAGGGAGCAAUCUGACACAUCCUGAGGGAGAGGACUGUGCGAGCAUGGGAGAAAAAGGUGGAGCUGAUGAUCUGAAGUGUUGGUUUGAUGCAUUUUGCUCAAAGCCUUGCAGAAGUAUUUGUGAGAAAGCAGGAGUAAAAGGACAGAUUAAAACAGUAUGUGUCUGAAAUUCAGUCUAUUAAACACCAGAGUGGAGUGAUGCAGUAACGUCACAAACAAAAAAAUUAACAUAUUAAAAAAUGUAACAUUUUACAUCUGAUAAUUUUUUUUUCUUUUUUGAUCUGAUUAAUAUAAACAUGAAAUGUGGGAGCAUUUCUAAAAUUAAUUUAAGUGUUUUCAAAUGCUUUUUUCUUAUUCAAAAAUAUCCCAAAACAUUUUAGAUUCCUCUGAAUGAAUGAAUACUUCACUCAACUACAGAAGAAACUAUGAGUUAUUAUUAUCAGUUUUGCAGGAGAAAGGACGAAAGGAAGGAAUGUUUGAGCAAUUAAUAGAUGUUAGUGUGAAUAAAAGGAGUAACUGAGUAUUUCAGUGUUUGAUAUUUUAUCUGGAUACAACUGAUUAGUCUGACACUUGGUGGAAGUGUUAAUUACUAAUAAACAGUGAAACACUUAAAUUGACAGUUUAUGGACUUUGCCUUGUAUUGCUCAAAGAAGUGAACAAACAAGCAAGCAAACAAAAAGUACUGUGACAAACUUAAAUUAGUAGCAGCAUUUCUUGUCAUAAAUCAUGACCUGUGUGGAGUUUAGCAGGAGAUAUUUGCUCUUUAGAGAACCGUCAACCAUCAUUCAAAAAAAGUGCGCAGCUGGCUAAUAUUACAGCUCAGCUGAGGGGGACACCAUCAAUGUUUAUAUCCUGUCAAACCAUCAGCGGCAUGACCUUCACCUCACAUGUAGUAAUACAUCCAAAAUAACGCCAUAAAAGACUGCCCCACUCCAGUCGAACUCCGUGUAGCUACUUGGCUCGUUGAAGCUACCCGGAUGUUAGCUGGUCUAAAAAGUUCCCUCAUCUCACUUUCCACCGUGCUGUGGGUAACACUGGGUGCAGUUGAGCCCGUCCCAUCUCGAUCAAGUGACGAGGACAACGAUGUGACCGUUUCAGGAGAUGAUAAAAUAUUUCUUAACACCCCGAUAGCUUGCUGAAGAACUCGAGUUUCUUCUCCCCCCUC